AUUUUAUCGGGCAGCGCGCGUGAUCUUCCUCAUGAGGACUGCAAAUCAUAAGCGCCACAUGUUCGUAGAACUCGGAUUAGGCCCCUUUUCCUUUCUCCUUUAAACAUUUAUUUCGUGAUGUUUUUUGCUUAAGUAGGGACUGUUUCCUUCUCAAACGAAUGCGGACUUGAAAACUACGAAGUGCACCUAAACAGGAAAAGAAAAAUAAGUGAGAUACUCGCCUACACACACGCACAUAAUAAAAACAAGAGGAAACAAAAGGGAAACAGAGCGCUUUAAAAACGUCAUGUCAUUUACCGGUGAUUUAUCGAUUUUUUUUCCUUAGCGGGAGCGUUCAUCCGCUGACUUUCGCGCUCACGACACCAUGGCAUGUCUUACACCACAAACUUCGUGUAGAAAGACGUUUGAAAAUGUCAGACACAGAUCACAGUGCUGCUGACAGCAGUGAAGACGAGGAUUAUGUACCAGGUUAGCAUUUUUUUGAUUCGUAAAGGCAAAGGAAUAGUUUUCUUGAGAAAUACAAAGAAAGGAAAAGUUUGUACACAGAUAGGAUAAAGUACUUCAGGUCACAAUCAAGUUGUGUGACAUUCAUUGCAUUAUUAAUUUUAGAGUGGCCUAAAGUCAACUCGAAUCGUUAUCAAUUUUGCUAUUUUCCGUUUAAAAUUACGAUCUCCACUUUUCGAAUAAUUGUGUUAGACGUUAUCACCCAAAAAUGUUUUUAAUCUGUUUUUCUUUGAGAAAGGAUUGUACUUUUUCUUGUCUGCGAGGUGUUGAAGAUUUAUUCAUUGAGGGAUGGAGAUGGAAAAACAAAGUAAAGUCUGCUUUGAUCGGCAUUAAUGAUAACUCUUCCACUCUGAGUCUGAUCAGUACUGAAAUUCUCUUCACAAUUUAAAUGCACAGCCACUUAUUUUCGUCAGGCAUGUUAUAAACUACUUGUAGUUUGUUGUUUGGAUAGAACAACAAUUCCCAUGACAGCUAGACCCACAAACAUAUGUGAGGCUCAGUCAGGAGACACUCACUCUUUCAUUAAUUUCUAUAUUCUGCCUUUAUUCAAUGAUCUACUAGCUUUUAAACCUAUUAAAAUCCUCUUACUCGCUAAAAGUACUUUUUCAUCAUUUGUUUACAUCAUGGUUGUUUGGAUACAGCAAUUCUCACAACUCACCCACAAAUAUAUGCGUGGCUCAGUAAGGAGACACUCACUCUUCCAUUGCUUUCUAUAUUCUGUCUUUAUUCAAUGAUCAUUGAACUAGCUUUUAAACCUCUUACAAUCAUCUUUCUAACAGUACUUUUACAUCAUUCAGUAGUCAAACAGUAAUUUCAUUUCAGUUGGUACAUUAGUACUUGUUGCCAUAGUAAUCAUCAGAACAAGAUACAACAUCAUCAGUAGGGGGAAUUACUGUAGCUCUCAGAUCACAUGGGUCCAAACUUCCAGCUUGAUUUAUUCAUAAUUGGCCCUUUUGCUUAUCACAAAGUCUUACCAAUAAGUGGGUUUUAUGUCUGAAACCAGGAGUUCUGUUUUGCAAACUAGGUAACUACUGUCAGCAUUACAUUUUAUCCAAAAAACACACAAUGUAUUCAUUGAUUAUUGAUCAUAUUGUUGUUUCUAUGAGAAGAACAGAAUAGUGAUGAAGAAUAUAGUGGAGAUGAAGAUGAUAAAAAGAACAGAGUGAGAAAGGGUGCUAACAAAACAUCAGGGUAAGAAAAGUGAAAGGAAAUGAAUUGGUCUGGAAAUAUUCAAUGAAAGCUGAAUGUAGUCUGGCUAGAUCAUAAAAUAUUGUGACAAUUUUCCUCAGUAGUGUUCUUGGGGUGCAAGGAGCAUUCAUUUUAAUUUAAAUGAAUAUGAGGCCCAAUAUCUAUAUAGAGAAAUGACACUAUAGGCAUAAUAAAUUACAAGUUUACAGAAGGCUUGAGAUGUUCAGUACUUAGGGUAGGAUAUGGUGUACUGCACUGUAUUCCCCCAACUAUAUUUUGAUGGUCUGGGUUGCAACUUCUUUUUUAGAUGUAUAGAGUAUUCUCUUGUUAAUUUACACUGUUAAUUUGUGAGCUACCAAAUUUCUCAAUGGAAACCCUGUAAGGAGAGGAAACUUUUCUGUAUACAAAUGAAUUUGUAUACAGAAAAGUUUCCUCCUCAUCUAAACAGUUGAAAAUCCUGGGAAGGUAAAUUCAUCACUUUAAAAGUAGUAGUGUACUUCAGACAUGUGAAAAAGAGAUCAUUUUUAUCUGUGGUCCAGUGGUUUCAGUUCUGUCUCUUUUUUCGUGGUUCUUGUUUUUUUCUUUUUCAUCUUGUCCUUUCUUGCUGGUCCAUUUGUACAACGAUAAAAAGAUACUCAAUUCAACUGUUGCAGUAACUGCUGUAACUUUUUUUGUUGUAUUUAUCAACUUUUUAGAAUUAUUAAGUUACAAUUUUUUCCAGCUACAAUAUUUUUUCCUUAAUUAGACAACAUGGUGAUAGUGAGUCAGAUGAUAAUGAUGACAAUGUUGAUGAAGACAAAGAACAAGAAAUUUUGGCUAAACAACAGCAAGAACAUGCUGCCAAGAAAGGGAAACAGGAAGAUAUGUGGGCUGCUUUCAAAAGGGAUACUGGAAUGUUACCAUCAAAAUCUUCAAAGGUGCAUGAUUUAAAAUUGUGUAAACUAUUCAAAUAAUUCUCCUGAUUUACAUUUAAUAGUCAGUGUUAAUUUUAUGGCACAUAAAUUUGUGGGAGCAUGUCUGGCAGUGCAGUUUAUAGUCUUUGAAAAAUGUUCAAGUGGUUGUUUAUACCAAAUUGCACAAGAGAUCAUGGUAUCAUUACUUUUUAAUAAUUUUUAUGAAAAGCAUCACAGAUAGUCAAGACAGACAAAAUUUUGAUAGUACGCACACUAUUUGUAAUUUGCACUUGUGUCAUAACUUUUUGCUAGUGUUACAUGAAAAAUGCACUAAUUUUCAGCCAAUCAGAAGCUCAUAAUUUUUUUUGUCUGGAUUUAUUUAUUACAAACAAUAUGACUGUACAUUUUGCAUAUGAGGUAGUUUAAGAGAUACGAUUAUGACCUUGGGUUAACUCUAUACAUACAUGUAUACUAGAUAAUUGGAUAACAUGCCUUGACCAACCUAGUGUGGGUAGCUAAAUCAACCAUUUACAUUUAUGAUGUAGCCAUCUGGCAGCUCAGAUGAAAAAGUGUCUAUCACAAGAACAUACGACUUUGCUGGUGAAGCUGUAGUGUAGGUAUUCCAUCCAAGUUAGUGAAAAAUUCAAGAGAUUAUUUAAAACCCUGUUGUUCCCUGCCAUGUAUUAACCCAAUAAACCAUAAAAAAGGAUAAAAAGGCUCCUGGAAAAGUUGAUAGUAGGGGUUUGAUCUGUAUUGCAAAUGUUCAAAAGCAGAUGUUAUUCAGCAUCUGUCCAUUCCUAGGCAUUAAAGACCUAAGAUUCAAAUAAGUAGAUUGGUUUACUUUUCAUAUUUGAGAUGCAUGUUAAAUACUUGUAGAGGAAAAUCCAGUUCCCUGUUUUCAUUUUUUCUUUAAGGUGUGCAAGGAGUGUUUGUUUUGUCUUGUAGAAAAGAUAUUUGAUAAGUGAUUGUAUCAAACAUUAAUCACUGUAAAAGUGUUGUAACCUAGAUUUAAAAUUGUCACAUAACCUGGACCUCUCACCCUCCCACACAUGGCAGUAGUUGUUUACUGAUGAUUUAACUGAUUACAUGCAGCCAAUCAGCUGGAAAUUAUGGUACCACAUAGGAUUAUAAAAUAUUUCUACAGAAGUUAAUUGACGAUGCCCAACCCUUUUGUGGCUCAAUAUAGCUAAACCUGUAUUUAGCAAUGUCUAAUUAUUCCUUUAAAGUAGCAAAUUUUGUAUUUAGUGUCACCAAGACUGUAGAUGCCAAUUCUACUGAAGCAAAAAAUAUCAAGAAAGAAGAAGUCAAGAAAACAGAAGUGAAACCUGCUGUUAAAGAUUUGGGCUCUUUAGGGUAACUUCUUAAGAGUAGCCAUUAAUGUAAGAAACAGUUUUAUUUAAGAAAAUAUGUCAGACAAGAAAGCUGAAAUGUGUUUAUUGCAUAUCAAGCUGUUAGUUUGGGCCAGUUCAUACAAGUAACUUUAUCAACUGGUUUAUUUCAGAUUUAAAAGAAAAGGAGGUCUUAGCAGUGUUCUAGGUCAAAUCUCAAAGAAGCCAAAAAUGAGUACUCUGGUAAGUGUUAAUAUGUGAUGAGUGUUUUGGGAACUUAUUGAUUGCUUGAUUGUGGUGAGAUAUUGUCUGAGAAAUGAAUAUUUGGCUUUGAGGGCAAAUGUGAUAUUUUGAGGACAGUCUCUCAGCCAAGGACAUUAUCAGCCAACAUAUCAGCAAGCCAGAGAUGGGUUUAUUCAUUUCAUAACCUGUGCAUUGAUUUUCAUACUGUGCAAAAACUGUCAGGAAAAAAGCCAUUGUUAUUGUAUGAUACCUGUCCGGCAAUUUUACACCACGUGACAUAAAGUAGCCAAUAAAAUUGAGCAAAAAUUAAUGGGUGGGUUAUAACUGGUGAUAUUAGCAAACAAACUUCUAUUGGUGAAGUAAUGAUGAAAUGUUGAUAUACCAAUUUUCUUGUGAGCCUCAUAUGAUAUAGUGCAUGAUAAUAAUUUUUGAUUUUCUCUUAUUCUCUUAAUGUAUAUUUUCCACAUCACAAAAUGAGUUAGAAUUGGUGCUAGUUUUUAAAAAUAAGAAAAACAUUGAUUGAUGUAAUUGAAGUAAACCAUUUCAUAUUUUAAAAGAAAGGCAUUACAUAUAGGGAGGUCAAUGAAACACAAAAUUUUGGUUAUUUUAAGGAAAAAUCAAAGCUGGAUUGGGAAUCAUUUAAAGAUCAUGAAGGAAUUCACCAAGAGCUUCAGAAUUAUAACAAAGACGGGUCUGUACAUUAUAUUUUGGUUAUUUCUUCACGUAAAAAGAACUAUCCUAACUUAGAGGUAAAGUGAGGUCUGCACACAAAGAAUGUGGCCCAUUCUACUGCAACUCGUAUUGGUUUCCAUGAUAAUUAUUGACUACACCUAGGAGUAUUGCUAGUCUACCCUGGACAGGAUGCCAAUUCAUCUCAGGGUACCCUGGCCAGGUUUCCUUUUUUCACUUUUCCCAAAUAGUUUAGCAGUAUUCACUUAUACUCCCAAGGGAAGAGAUGUAAUGUGAGAGCUAUAUUCAAUAGUGUCUUAUGCAGUAAUACAACUUAGCACCCCAGUGAGGGCUUUAAUGUAGAACUGUCAAUCAGUAAUCAAAUGUGCCAACCACCUGACCACUGGGCCUUCCAGUUUAUUUAGAUUAGUAACAACUUUGGUGCAUGUCAGUCUAAAAAUAAUGUCAGUUUGUCUUUUGACUUGUCUAUGAUUAAUUUUAUACAAUGCUUUGAAUACAUUAAGCUGAUUACCCACUAAUUACUAGGAUUUUGUUUUUUUCUUAAAAGUGAUUCAAGUGAACUCCAUUGGCCCCUGAGUUAAAAAUAUGCAACCAAACCUAUGGUACCUGUUUUUUAUACAAUUCUUCACCUAUUUCUUUGUAGGUAUUUAGAGAAGCAAGCAUUUCUUCAAAGAACUGAUGAAAGACAGUUUGAAAGAGAGAGAGAUAUGAGACAGGGAAAGAGAAAAAUGUGAUCACCACCGUAGCCAUAUAUGUACUGUGGAACAUGUCAAGAAUUAUACAAUUUAAAAAAGUAGUGUUGUCUUCCAACAAAACACAGAGGGAGCUUUGCCAGCCAUGGCUGGGUAAAGGAGUUAACAAGUUUUUCAUGGAGAGAGAAAAGGCACAGAAAGUUGGUGAUCAAAAACUUUAUCAAAGCUUGUUUCUUGCUGUGUAAAACUGUAACAUAAGCAUUUCAAAUGCAGUGAAUGAACCUGUACCACCAUUUUCUCCCUGUUCUAAAGAAAUUAAUGGAACACAAAACAUCUGUGUGUGUGCUGAUUUCAGGCACCAUACAUUGGCAAACUUUUUUAAGAACUUUCAGUAGUUUGUCUGUGCUAUUUUAUGGCAAUUUUGCAUUGCCUAUGACAUACAGUGACACACUUUUAUUUCUAGCACUUGACAGAAACCAUCAUUUUUUUUAGUGAUUGAAGGUGGUUCAAUAUUAAAAAUUCCCUUCUGUUCCCUAUCUAAAUCACUUUGAAGCUAAUGAUUAUUUCAGCUGCUCUUAGGCAUUCUCAUGUAAAAUGUCAGAGACAGCAACCUGACUCUCAGAAUAACAAAAGGUACUUCCAAGAUAACCAAUGACCAGCUUCCAAAAAUCUCUUUCUGUGUGUAAGCUGUCUCUGAGUGAUGCCAAAAGAGGGAGAAAUCUGGAUUCAGGAUGUGUAUCUUGAUGUGCAUUAACAACAACCAAGCACUGCUUAGAAAAUGAUCACAAGCCCGAGCCCCAAAGUUUAUUUUGAGGGGGAAUGAAUGAUAACUGG